AUGGCUCCCAAUUCAGCAACCAAACAAAGAGAUUAUGAUUACCUAUUCAAGCUUGUCUUGAUCGGAGAUAGUGGAGUUGGAAAAUCCUGUCUGCUACUGCGAUUUGCUGAUGAUGCAUUUACUGAAUCUUAUAUUUCCACAAUUGGCGUCGACUUUCGAUUCCGUACUGUCAAGAUUGAAAACAAGACGGUCAAGCUACAAAUCUGGGAUACGGCAGGACAAGAACGAUUCCGCACCAUCACUUCCGCCUACUAUCGAGGUGCCGAUGGAAUCAUUAUGGUUUUUGAUGUGACGAGCAUGGAGUCCUUUGACCACGUAAAUGAUUGGCUGAAGGAGGUCAACCGGUAUGCAGCAGAGGGAACGGUGAAACUGUUGGUUGGAAAUAAGAGUGACAGAACAGCUGACCGAGCGGUGACUGAGGAACAAGCAAAAGAAUUCGCAGAUGAACUUGGUAUUCCAUUCAUAGAGACAAGUGCUAAGUCUUCGAAGAAUGUAGAAGAGGCAUUCUUGACAAUGGCUGGGGAACUCAUUCGACAACGUGAUGCUCGAGGAGAUACUGGCAAUACAAAUACAGGCAUUGACUUGAAUGGCGACGCUAAAAAGAGUGGACCUCUAGCAAACUGCUGUUAG